GUUCGAGAAGUUUUGAGAAGCUCAGUCAGGAAUAAGUGGAAUUAGGACUUGUUGCUGCCAUUUUAAGGAAUUAUUUUAGCGAUCAGUUUUGGUGGCAGUGAUGGUCCAAAGGCUCGCUCAAAAAUCGUCGUUAGACCUGUUGUGUGAGGUUGCGCUGGCGCCUGGAGACGCAAUAGUCUCCGAACUUGUGGCCAAUGACCUCAGGAUUGAAAAGGAAAAGGCGGCCAAGCGUUCCGGUAAUGGCGUACUGGACCUGGACGAGAUUCUCCAGCUCACGCCCAAACAGUUAGUGAAACACUUCACCUACUUUGAGUCCAACGAGCUGAAGCGGACGUUCAAGCACACUUGUCGCCUGGUGCCGUCCGAGUGCCAGUACGAGACCACCAGCUUCGGCAGCGAGGACAAGUCGCUGCGUGAGAUCAAACGGCAUCUGCAGGAGCACCUGGAACAACUCAAGACAGAGAGCACGGGCCGUAUAAAAUUCACGGCUGAAACUACUGUGCCUAUACCACGGAGGGUUAUCGAGUCGCGCCAAGGCAAAAAAUCACCGGGCAAGGCCUCUCGUGAAAAGCGGUCUUACAUUGCUCACGAGCUUGUUCCCCAAGCACCUGAAGCCCCCGACAAUCAUGCUGCUAGCCCAGAACGGGCAUAUGCUCAACGAUCGUCGCCGUCGCAGAGGCCGUCGAAACGAACUCCGACAAGGCCCAAGAAGCGCCCGGUGGAGUCGCCGCCGCCGGCACUGGUCAGUCCUCCGGAGCGGUCCCAGUCCCGCCGGAGGCGCACCACCGAACCGCCGCCGGCGGUCCAGCCUCCGGCCGUGUCCCCGGCGCCUCCUCCUCCGGCGCCGCCGUCUCCGCCGCGAGAGCAGCUCCGCGAGCACGACUACGCGCGGGACUCCGCACUGGAGUCCUCCGCUGGCCCCUCGGCGGACUCCACGCCGACACCGCCGGAGCCGUCCGUCAACCCAGCUGAGAGCGAGGCGCCCACGGGUGCUGGCACAGCCAGCACAGCCAGUCAGAAUCACUCGGCGGUCCCGUUUGAGUCUGACCUAGCCCUGCUUGGUCUCAUGGAGCGGGAAGUGAUUGGACCGGGCUCGGACGACGGCCUCGGCGGCGGUGAUAGUGCCGAGAGCAGUGACGGCGUGCCGCUGGUGGGCGCCGAACAGGUGAUCCGCGGCGGCGUGAUGCGCUCCGCGGACCUGCCGGUCAUCAUGGAGGGCGGCUCGGCGACCGUCAGCGGCCUGCGCCGCUACACCCGCGUGGUGGAGCGCGACGAGUAUAAGCAGCACCGGAAGCCCAAGGGGCUGGCCAAGUUCAUCAGCCAGUCGGAGGAGGACAAGGAGAAGGCGCGACAGGCGCUGAUCGAGAUGCGCCUCCGGCCCAGCAUGUGCAACAACUACGUGUGUCGCGUGUGCUUCCCGCCGCAGCGCUUCACGGCCCUGUCCUCGCUGCAGUCGCACUACAAGAGCCACCUGGGCAUCAAGGACUUCUCCUGUAAGCUCUGCCACAAGUCUUUCACCCGAAAGAUGUCGCUCGACUACCACAUGCUGAUCCACGAGCACAAGACGCGGUUCCGCUGCAGCACUUGUGGCCACGAGUUCCGACACAAGUCGCACUACACCGAGCACCUGCGUCGACACACCGGCGAGACGCCUUACAUGUGCUCCGUCUGCAGCCAGGGUUUUAAGGCGAAGAACUCGUACCGUCGCCACCUGGAGUCGAAGCACGGCCAGCGUCUGACCAACAGCGGCAACAUCGUCAUCCUGUCCGAUGACGAGCACCGCCGGCUGCUGGAGCGCUCCCACCAGGAGGACCGAUCCAGGAGGCCGAGGGCCCGGCCUCGUUCGGACGACUCUCAGGCGCCGCCCAGUCCGAGCAAGAUGGGCUUCUCGUACGUGGACGUCGUGGUGCGUCAGUCGACGGGCCGUGUGGAGUACAUGUGUAACGUGGAGAGCAUCGUGCCGCCGCCGGGCCGUGACGUGCUGCAGCAGGUGGUGGACGCCACGGUGGCUGACGGACCGGGGGAGAAGCCGACGCUGGCAGAGCAGCUGCUGGACCCGCUGCCGCCGCUGGAGAUCCUGCCGCCGCUGCAGGACUGGGAGAGAGAGCUGACCCCGCUGGAUAAGUUCACCCCUGGCGCACCCUCGGUCGCCAAUGAUCGCAUGCAAAGGCCGCGAGUCAAUCUGACCAGCUCUCUUGGCAAGUACAACGUGUUCUACUCGUCGGGCAAUGUGUCCAGCAAUGUGCGUGUCGUCCAAAAGUGAGUGGGCGACAGCGCCGUGCGGGGUGGGAGGCACCCCCACCUAGGAAGCGUCCAUGUCUGAUAGACUACAUCAGCUGCGCGUGGUACUGUCGGGGGCAAAGACAAUCCCCGUCGAGAAAGCUGAGUUGAAGUUGGAGACGAAACGGGAAACGUGUACAUUUUGAGGGUCGUAGAGCUUGAUGGUCUGGAGAGAUUAGACGAGUAUCAAAUCAUGUAGCCAGUAUGCGGUGAUUUCGCGUAGCCAUUGUGUGUGAGAGUAUCGUGUUCUUCAUGAAGAGUCUUGCAGUUCUCUUUUGAUAAUCAUUCGUUUUAGGCGUUCUGGCUCGCCUGCGUCGGACCACAAAGCCACCCUUCAGACCCCUCGAAUCGACGCGUUGGUUGAUGUUUCAUAGGCCACUGAAUUUUUGGCCAAGAUGCGUUAUAUCGCAAUGUGUGCCAAAUUACUGGAGUGUUGGCGCUUCUCAGGCUGGCAAUAUGAUGCACAAUGGGCAUGAUGCAGACUCCAUCUGCCAUUGUAAGGUGUACGAUGUGAUGGACCUUUAAAACACGAACUUAAGUGUUACCAUGGGCUCAAUGUGGCUAUGCAGUGCAUUUCCUUGCAGUGUAACAAACUUUCCUUUUAGUUGUAUGGAGCGUCUUCCGAUUGUAUAUUUUAUAGUUUUGUAAUCAUGCAUUUCAUUGUGUAGCAGCAGUGUGUGACUCGGCGCGAAUCAUUGACACAUGGCUGUCACAUUUCCUACGGGCCGCUGUGAGUUUUGAUAGUUGUAUCGGAUACAAUCCCGAGGCUGAGGCUGGGUUCGGCCCGUGCCGUUCCGUCUGCCUCGGGCGUCCGGUGCUGUGCCGCGGGUCGUGGGGGCUCCGCUGUACGGGAAGUGCUCCACGAGCCCUCUGCCGCAUGACGAGUGCCUGAUCAAUGUCACUGUGCAUUCCGUAAUCAAGCGCUGUGCUGCUCGUGCCUUUUGCUGGAAGGAGGCGCCCCCUCCGCGCGGCAGCGUCCUCUCCAAGCGGCUUCGGUUUGGUGCGGGUGUUUGGUAUGGCAUCGCGGAGCCAUCGCGGGUGU